CCCCGGCCCGCCUGGCGCCGGCCCGGCAGCCCCCCGGGAGCGCGGCGGGAUGGCGGACGGAGGGUACGGGUGGUACCGGGCGGUGAUCUUCACGGCGAUGUUCGUCGGGUACACGCUGUACUACUUCAACCGGAAAACCUUCUCUUUCGUCAUGCCCGCCGUCAUGGCCGAGGUGCCGCUGGGCAAGGACGAGCUGGGGCUCAUCACCAGCAGCCAGUCCGCAGCCUAUGCCAUCAGCAAGUUCAUCAGCGGCGUUCUGUCCGACCAGAUGAGCGCCCGGUGGCUCUUCUCGUCCGGCCUCCUGAUGGUGGGUCUGGUCAACGUGGUCUUCUCCUGGAGCUCCACCGUGACGGCCUUUGCCGGGCUCUGGUUUCUGAACGGGCUGGCUCAGGGGCUCGGGUGGCCGCCCUGUGGGAAGAUACUGCGGAAAUGGUUUGAGCCUUCCCAGUUUGGGACUUGGUGGGCAAUCCUGUCUACAAGCAUGAACUUGGCUGGAGGCUUAGGCCCCAUUGUUGCUGCUCUUGUGUCUCUCAACUACGAUUGGCGCAUGACUAUGUCCUUCUCUGGCUUCAUCUGCGUGGUUGUCUCUUUUGUUUGCCUUGUCCUGAUUAAAAAUGAGCCAUCGGAUGUUGGGCUACCCAACAUUGAACAAGGAAUCAAGAAAGGGAAGAAAGGUUCUUCUAGCGACAAUAGCACUUUGACAGAGCUGCUCCUCUCGCCAUACCUUUGGGUGCUCUCAACAGGCUACCUGGUCGUUUUUGGAGUGAAAACAUGCUGUACUGACUGGGGACAGCUCUUCCUGAUCCAGGAGAGGGGACAAUCUAUGCUUGUGGGUAGUUCCUAUAUGAGUGCCUUGGAGAUUGGGGGCCUGGUGGGAAGCAUUGCUGCUGGAUACCUUUCCGACAGAGCAGUAGCAAGAGUCGGUCUGUCAAACUAUGGGAAUCCUCGGCACAUGCUGCUGCUUUCCAUGAUGGCAGGGAUGUGUGUUUCCAUGUUUCUUUUCCGGGUAACAGUCACAGGUGAUUCUCCCAAGGAAAAUCACUUCUGGACUGUAGCCUUGCAACCUCUAGCUGAUCUUACAGGCCUAAAAGAACAUGAGCUGUGGAUACUGACUCUGGGAGCUGUGUUUGGGUUCUCCUCAUAUGGGCCGAUCGCUCUGUUUGGGGUGAUAGCCAACGAAAGUGCCCCUGCCAACCUCUGUGGCACCUCUCAUGCCAUUGUGGCUCUCAUGGCCAAUGUUGGGGGCUUUCUGGCUGGACUGCCCUUCAGCACCAUUGCCAAACACUACAGCUGGGCCACAGCCUUCUGGGUGGCUGAAAUCACCUGCACUGGUAGCACCGUCGCUUUCUUCUUACUGCGGAACAUCCGCACCAAAAUGGGCCGAAUUCCCAGGAAGACUGACUGAGGAUAAGCUGCUUGGUGAAACGGAUGCUCCUGCGCUGACACAUUAUAUUCAGGUUUUAUUUAACUGGCCUAGGAGUGAGUUUAACUAGUGCUGCAACCUACAUAAAAAUGUGACAACUUCUCAUUUGCUUUCAUGUGCCUGAAGGCACAAAGUUACUGAUACUGAUUGCUUUAUCCCUUGAGAUGUGAUAAUUCAGCCAGUUCACAUGUGCAGUGAUUGCACUGUAUGACCUUUAUACAGCACUAUUGGUGAAGCAGGCAGGUUUCACGGCCCGAGCUAUUCAACUGAAAGUGCUGUAAAAUGCCUGGCUGGUUUCAGGUGCUGUCACAUUUAGUUUUGUUCUUAUUGUCGGUCUUAACCAUUAACUGUUAAUUUAGCCUCGUUGUUUAGGGACACUGAUGUACACCUUUUCUACAUUCAUUCAUCCUUUGCAACUGCUGUAAAUGCGGCUAUCUUAGUUGACUUGGGUGUGAGCUCUCUGCUGUCUCUGCCCUGGAACCACAACAGACCAGUGAAUAAUUAGUACAGUACAGCUUCACAGCUUUACCCAGGAUUGUUUUAUAUAAGCUAGGGUGUUGUUAUGCUCUGGACAAGUGGAACACUAAUGUAGUGCUGUGAUGUGAUUCUCCUCAGCACUUAGAAAUAGGCAAGUUUCCAAGAAAUUGUUGAUAGUUCAGGGGAAAGCAUUUAGAGAAGCUCCUUCUGUUGAACUGAUCCUGCCCAGUGUGAUUUCUGUGUACAGUGUUAAUGAUUUGCAAAGUAGCAGCUGCUGCCAAAUCUGAUUUGCAGAGCGUGCUCUGCAAGCUGCUAGAAAAACUGACUGCAGCAGGCAUUGCAAUAGCAGCUGUCACUGGCACACAUCUUCUGCAGCUGGGUUUUAUGAUAGCUACUAUUUCUAGUAUUGGCUUGUAUUUUAUCAGUAAAAGAUGUGUAGCAUAGAAUGUUUUCAGGCAAAAACUGCAUCUCUCAUGGCUGUAGGUAAGGGCUUGGGCUAUCUCAGAGAGAAGGCCUGAGCAGGAAUAUUGCUGACAGCAGGCAGCACUGAUCUAUCCAACCUACCACUUUUGGCAAUAAGUAGACUCAAGUUUUUAACCAGGAUUUUGUUGAAUAUCCUUGCAUUUUCCCUAGGAAGAUGUAUUGAUUUGGGGUACUGGAAAAGGGGAGUUCAACUCCUGAAGAACCACAUGUACUUUGCUGAACAGCUCGGUUGCAAGAGUAGAUGGUCAGUCUUAAAAUAAUGGAAGCAAAUUACAUUUUGUACUUAAUUAUAUGAUCUUCUACUAUCUGUGAAAUAAAAAUGGAGCAGUGGCA